GACGAUUGUAAGUUCUCCACAAUGCUCUCUAGCAACCGUGCCCAGCAAGCUCAGCUCUCUGAGAACGCCCUUACGGGGAAGGGUGGUCAUGUCGUGAUGGAGUCUCGGAAGAGGGGAGCGUUCAUGGACAUCAGCAACACGGUUAAUGUGAUGUCUGCUCAAACUGGUAUGGUGACGCGGAGCAAGGCUGCGGCGGCUCGGUUGUCUGCAAGCAAGCUUGAGGACCUUGAUGACACCAUUAUGCAGGGGACCACGCCGGCGAGGUUGGAGCUUCAGCAGUUGGUCGACUGGAAGGACACUAUUCCGCCUGAGGAUCGUCAAGAUCUCAACAACCCUCAGUUCGUGGCGGAAUACGUUAAUUCUAUCUUUGUCAACAUGAACAGCAUAGAGCAGAAAUAUCGGCAGUCUUGGAAUUACAUGGGUAGAACUCAGUCCGAUAUCACUGAGAGGAUGCGCGCUGUUCUGAUCGACUGGUUGGUUGAGGUUCAUUGGAAGUUCAAGUUGGUUCCAGAGACGCUCUACCUAACGGUCAACUUGAUUGAUCGUUAUCUUGAGCAAUGUCCCAAUCUUCCACGUACACGGUUGCAGCUAGUUGGUGUGACCUGCUUGUUGAUUGCCUCGAAGUAUGAGGAUAUAUAUGCUCCUGAAAUGAAGGACAUUGUCAGUAUAUGCGACAGAACCUAUCAACGUCAUGAAGUCAUGCAAAUGGAAGUGGACAUUCUUAACGCGCUCGGGUUCUGCCUGACAACACCAUCAGCAAUGUUCUUCCUACUUCGGUACGCCAAGGUCAUGGAGAGUGAUGAGAAACACUUUUUCUUGGCACAGUAUUGUCUAGAACUCGCCCUUCCAGAGUAUAGUAUGCUGAAAUAUUCUGCAAGUCAACUGGCGGCGGGCGCUUUGUAUUUAUCCAACAAACUAAUCAGAAAGCCGGCAGCAUGGCCACCACAUGUGGCCGUGCACUGCCCGAACACUGAGCAAGAGGUGAAAGCUGUGGCGAAGGAAUUAUGUGCAUUACUGCAAGCAACUACCAACGAGGAUCACUCGGGGACGCAGCUCAGGGCUGUGAAGAAGAAGUUCCAACUUUCGAAGUUCCGCAGUGUAUCCCGUAUGGUACUUGGUUGAAGAAGAUGGAAGCCGAAGGGAGGUUUAGUCCCGUGUUUAUAAUAAAGAUUUAUCACCCAAGAAAUUGUCUCUACUAUCGUCUAGGUUUAUCGUCAGUUUGUAUGGUCCAGAGGAAUGCUGAGAUGCUGGACACGUCAUUUCUGAGAAAUGAAGCUCAAUCGAGGUGGCUAUCAGUGCUGCUAUUCUUAUCGUAUGUGCUUGAUAGUGUCAACUCGGUUAAAUUAGUUUCAAAUGCUGCUGUAGGCUAGCAUUUAUGCAUGGUAGAUGAUGCACGA